CAUUUCCAAACGUAAGCUGCUCUUGUCAAAUUACGUCAAGUUAUCAAUUCGGGUUGGGAUUUCCUAAUAUUUAGAAUAAAACAAUUCUAACAGUAAAAACAAUUGUAAUUAAUUUGUUAUAUUUAUUUUCAUUUUCUAUAUUCUCGUCUAAUCAUGACUGACCAACAAAUGGACUGUGCGUUGGACUUGAUGCGGAGGCUGCCUCCGCAGCAGAUUGAGAAGAACUUGACAGAUUUGAUUGAUCUGGUGCCUAAUAUGUGCGAUGACCUGCUAUCUUCAGUAGAUCAGCCUCUAAAGAUUGCUCAGGACCGUAGCACGGGGAAGGAUUACUUGUUGUGCGAUUACAAUAGGGACGGAGACUCGUACAGAUCGCCAUGGUCGAAUACUUACGACCCUCCACUGGAAGAUGGGUCUAUGCCUUCAGAGAGGCUCAGGAAAUUAGAAAUCGAUGCGAAUCACGCGUUCGACCAGUACAGAGAGAUGUACUUCGAAGGUGGAGUGAGCUCUGUGUACCUGUGGGACAUGGACCAUGGGUUUGCUGGUGUAAUAUUGAUUAAGAAGGCAGGCGAUGGUUCCCAAAAGAUCAAAGGUUGCUGGGACUCAAUUCACGUAGUGGAGGUGAUUGAGAAGAGCUCGGGUCGGAAUGCUCACUACAAACUCACAUCAACGGCCAUGUUGUGGCUGCAGACUAACAAGGAGAGCAGCGGGACCAUGAACCUUGGAGGCAGUCUUACCAGACAGGCGGAACAGGACUCAGCAGUGAGCGACGUGACGCCCCACAUCGUGAACAUCGGCCGCAUGGUCGAGGACAUGGAGAACAAGAUCAGGAACACGCUCAACGAUAUCUAUUUCGACAAGACCAAGGACAUAGUGAACGGUCUCCGGUCAGUGCUGCCAGUUGAGGUGGAGCGACGCAAGGUGGCGCUGCACCACGACUUGGCCCUCGCCCUCCAACGCCGGCACGUGGCACGCGACGACUGAGGGCCCGCCUGCCACUGCGCAACGCCGUGUCUACAUGAGGUGGAGAUAUUGGGUAAAUUGUGUUAAUUAAGGAUCGCUCACGAAGAGAAUUGUGAACUUACGAAAUUGUGGAAACUUAUGAAGGAUAAUUUAAUAAAUAAAAAAAUAUAUUUCUCGUCUAUAAAUAGUGUAUUGAAUUUAGAAAUAAAUAUCAAUGCGGCCAGUAUGGUGCUUUGAACAAAAUAGUCCUUAUAUUUAUAUAUUUUUUCUUCAUAGAAAUUAUCGGAAUUGUAAGCAUGUAAACUAUGUAAAAAUCUCUUAUUAUGUGUAUAGAUUUGGAAUUAAAUUCGCCCAAAUAUCAUCCAUCUCAUUUACAGUUGCAUUUUCAUUGCUUAGUAUUUUCUUUUAUUGUAGUUUAUAAAGAAAUGUAUUUUAACUUAAGGUCUAUGUAAGAGAUACAGCGUUCAUUAUUAUAAUAAUGUUAAGGCAAUGCAACAAGCCAAUUUUAAUGUUGCAGUUUAUUUCACAUAAUAAUAACAAUAGAUUUUAAUUGGCCUCUCUAAAUAUAUAUUUAUCCGCAG